AUGGCCUCUUGCACCAGAACCACACACCCUGUGCCACGGCACUACUCUUUCGGGCUUUGGCUUACGAGCAUUCUUUUGUUCACGGCGGCAACAACGCCGACGACGAAGGGGUGCGUAGAGGGCGAGAGGGACGCCCUCCUCGACUUCAAAACCGGCAUCGUCAAGGAUCCUUCCAGCCGUUUGUCAUCAUGGCGAGGCCGAGUAGACUGCUGCAGAUGGAGCGGGGUGGUCUGUGACGACACAACCGGCCAUGUCGUGGAGCUCAACCUCCAGAAUUCCGACCCUUAUAACUACGAGACGUCUAUCGGAGGUGAGAUCAGACCAUCCUUGCUCCUGCUAACUCAUUUGGAGCGUCUCAACCUCAGCCACAAUGACUUAUCGACCGAUGGCCUGCACUGGCUCUCGCGUCUCACUUCCUUGAGAUACCUCGACAUGAGCUUUGUGAACCUUUCCAUGGCCUCCCACGAUUGGCUUCAAGCAGUGAACAUGUUGUCCUCACUAGAGGAGCUACAUUUACAUGACUGUGGCCUCACCGACAUCCCCUCUUCUCUUUCCCAUGUCAACCUCACAGCACUGGCCACUCUGGACAUCAGUGACAACCUCUUCAACUCCACCAUCCCCAACUGGCUAUGGAAACUCCACAACCUCUCUUAUCUUGAUCUCGGUUUUUCUAUGUUUCAUGGUGCCAUACCCGCUGGGAUUGGAAAUUUGACUGGUCUAAGAGAACUUUAUCUUGGUGAUAAUUCACUUUCAGGUCCCAUACCCACUGAGAUUGGAAUUUGGAAUAGUUUAAAACUUAUCGAUCUGAGUGGUCCCGUACCCACUGAGAUUGGAAUUUGGAAUAGUCUAGAAUAUAUCGAUCUGAGUGAUAAUUCACUCUUGGGACCCAUACCUGCUGGGAUUGGAAAUUUGACUGGUCUAAGAGAACUUUAUCUUGGUGAUAAUUCACUUUCAGUGGACUAG